UGGUCACGGUUAUUACUUCGAAUAUAAGUCGCGGGUUGUGAGUUGGAGAAGGGGAGAAGAGAAGAUGUCUCUACUUCAGGUUGGACUAGCUUGCUCAUUAUUGCGAGAGAGCUUUGGUGAGCUGGUGGAGAAGGUAGGUACCUACUUGCUGCAUAAUGGAGGGGUCUCUCUGACUGAUAUCAUUGGAGGAACAGGCAUUACACAGAACCAAGUUAAGAAAUCGUUAUGCGUUCUUAUCCAACAUCAGCUGGUGACGUUUAAGGCUCACUCAAAAGGGAGUCAUAUGAUCUAUCACAUGACGAUUGCUAGCGUUCUCCUGAUGGUUCGCUACCCUCGAUGUAUCCACACUGGAAAAGUGUUGUUUGGAGAUUCUGGCGAACUGAUUAUUGAGGAUUUGUUGCAGCAGGGACAGUCCCUUAUGAGUCAAUGCAUACAGAGAGUGUCUGAGAGACUGGAGGAGAGUCUGACCAACUCUGGCCACGAGGUGUCUAGUGUGGGCAAGAUCGUGAAGCAGCAAUUCAUUGCUCUAGUUGAGGGCCAGUUUGUGCAGCGAGUGAGCCCUUGUAAUUCUGAGGUGGAUGUGGCUCAGAACGGAGCACAGGAAACGGGCGGGAUCAAGACUACGACCUCGGAGAAUAAGUUUGUACUGCCUUCGAAUAUUGAAGCCAUACGCUAUGUUGAGGGCCGCAAGAGAGGGAGAGAGGAAGAUGACGCUGAGGAGGAACCAAAGGCAAAGAAGAUGAAACGGUCUGAAGAAGAAAGUAAAGAAGAGGAGCCUGAUGCAGGUAUUGUUUGGCAUCUCAAUUUUGACCGAUUUCAUCAGUACUUCCGUGAUCAGGCCAUCAUACAAGCCGUGGGUGAACGAGUGGACAGCACUGCUGCGUGUAUCAUGAGGACAGUAUUGAACAUUGUCAGCGCAGACACGCCCACCUUGCUCAGUCAAGCAAACAGUACAGAGGUCUAUGCACAUCAGGUGAGUGAGAGAAUGCCACCCAAGCCCAAACUGAGCAGAGAGGAAGUGGAGCAGUACCUUAAGGUGCUCGCCGAGGACGAGGUGAGACCCACCCACACACGCAUCACACAUAUCACACAACGCCCACACACACAGACGAGGCUACUCAGCCUGAGCAGUAUUGGAGGUGGAGGAGAGUACAGAGUCGAUUACAAGCGAGCGAGUGAGCUUCUCUGUCAGGCCACCAUUGAAGCGAUAGUAAGGGAGAGGUUCGGAGCAAAGGCCCAUCGAAUCUUUCGUCUCCUGAUUACAAAGAAGAUGCUGGAGCAGCUGCAAGUGGCAGAGAUGGCCAUGUUGCCUAGCAAAGAAGCCAAGGAGAUUCUGUACACACUACUUGCCGAGAGCUUUGUCAGUUUGCAGGAAGUACCUCGCACACCGGACUAUGCUCCAUCCAGAACGUUCUACCUGUUCACUGUUCAUCUGAACAAAGUGGCCAGACUGCUCCUGGAGCGCUGCUAUCAGACCAUCAACAACCUGUGCUUGAAGCGAACCUCCGAGUGUAACGACAACAAGCGACUAUUGGACAAGUAUGAGGUGUACGAGCGUCAGAGUGAGGCGGUGGGGAGCAGUGGAGACGAACUGGAGGAGCUGCUCACACCAGACGAGAAGAAGAGGGCGGAGUCAGUUAGGAGGAGCCUCAACAAGCUUGAGCACGCUGAGCUACAGGUGGACGAGUCAGUCUUCAUCAUCACUAACUAUCUAGCUACUCACACAAACUUGUAACUUUAUCUAUAAUUAUUUGGUCAGCUUUCUUUCAUGAUGUCAUUUUUGUGGAUUGAGUGUUUUUCUCUCAAUGUUUAAUGAUACCGUUCUGUAUCAGAGUAAUUCAA